UGUAUAUUAACACCACCCAUUCUAAGACCCCCAUCCCACCACUCCCAUGCCUUACAGUAGUGACCCCCCAGCAUGGCAGAGCGGAGGUCCUUCUAUCGCUUCUUGUGCUGCUGCUGUAAUGAGGAGGCACCAGAGAAGAGCCCUUUAAUAAGCGACACACUCUUGUACUUUGACCGGGAGGUGAAGCGUCGGAGGGCAGAGGAGGCAAAUUUGUGGAACGAGCCCCAAGAUGUGUCUCACACUGAAAGAGAUGACGAUCGAGAACUAUACAACUUACUCCAGAAGAGAGCCCGGACACGAAGGGGGUCAGAGGGUUACCGCAGGCUGAGUUUCGAUAUCAGCGCCCACAGGCAGGUACGCAAAGAUGUGAAAGAUCGUUGGCGGGUGCUUCUGGAAAAUCUAGGUUUUCGGAAUGAAGCAGAUUCGUUGCUCUCUGUGACCUCUAACACCUCCUACAACAGUUUGCGGGACCCCACAGAGGCUCGCCGUCUGCUCAGCCUGUUAGCCGAGGACACCAGUAUAUUUGAACAACAUGGUCUUCCGCCUCCUGAGAGGUAUCUAUUUGUUCUGGACCGGCUCAUCGUUCUCGACAUGGGAACAGAGUUUGUAUCUAUUGCCAGACGGUUUUACCCCCCUGAGACCUUGGAGAGCAGCGACAAGGAGAGUGCGGAGCCCGGUAAUGUUGUGCUGGUGAGUCCCGGCCGGCAAGACGAGGGAAAUGGAGAUAAGGAGGAAGAAGAGUGCAGCGAGGUGGAUGAAGAAAGUUUCCUGGUCAAUCUCACCGAGUGAUAACUGGAGGCACCAUGAGCUUCAACUACCUACUGUCAUCAUCUACUCUAUGGCACUCACUAUCAAUACUGACCCUAUCCUGCCCACUUCCUCUUAAAGGGGUAUUUCAGGCAAAACCUUUUUUUAUAUCUAUAUAUCUAUAUAUAUAUAUAUAUAUAU